AUGGAUUCAGAGCCAAAGCCCAUGACCCGCCGCACCGUCGUCUCGUCUUUCAUCUUCAAGUUUCCUCCAGACGGCGGUCUUCAGGUCGCCUUGUUCCGACGGAGCGAUAAGGUGCGGACGUACCAAGGUCGUCUUGCUCCCGUAUCGGGCAGUGUGGAUAAGGAAGACCCGUCGCCUCUGCAUGCCGCAUGGCGUGAGAUCAAGGAAGAGACGGGCUUGACGCCUGCAAAUCUCACGCUCUGGCGCCAGGGCAAGGACUACCGCUUCGCCGAGGAGAAGAUUGGACGCGAGUGGAUCAUCCACCCGUUCGCCUUCCGGCUCAAGUCCCCGGAUGACGAAUCUCGAAUUCAGAUCGACUGGGAGCACACAGGGUUCCAAUGGUUCGAUCCCCAUGAGGUCCGUGAUGUCGAUGAGUUUGGAGGCGUGCCACGGCUAGCAGAAAGUCUGCGUCGGGUAUGGUUCGAGGUCGAACUUGGGAACAAGAGGGGAGAGAUGCUCAACCAGGGGUUGCUGGCCCUGCAGAGGGACCAUGAGAGUGGAGCGAGACAGCUGGCCGGCAAGGCGCUUCAGAUCCUCAUCAGUUUGAUCAAAGAGGGUGACGAGUCUUUAGAUCAAUGGUGGAAAAGCGCGAGGCUUGCGGCGUGGCAUCUGUGGAAGAACGGGCGGGAGAGCAUGGGUGCUGCAAUCCUAAAUGUGCUCGUGAGGUCGCUGGCUGUCAUCGAAGACGAAGUGAAGAGGGCUGAUGAGGUGUCUCCGGAAUUCCUGAGCACUGUUACUGGAAAGUUGCAACAGUACGCGGCAUCGAGGGAUGAAUCCGUCGACGAUAUUUGGAAAUCUCUGAAAGGCUUCCUCCAGGAGAACCACGACUCCGGGAAGCCGAUUCGCAUCCUGACUCUUUCGUCUAGUUCGACAAUACUCGAGUGUCUUCAUAGAGCCAUCUUGGGCUUCCGCUCCGAAUUCGACAUCAGGAUCCUUGAAUCACGCCCACUCUUUGAAGGGGUCUCGAUGGCCUCGAGACUAGUUGGCCGUCUGCAAGAAUCGGGGGCUGAAAGGGAAAAGAAAGUCGAGGUAUCCAUUUAUACCGACGCCGCCGCUGCAAUUGCCAGCGAGGCCAUCGAUUUGGUCUUCAUCGGCGCGGACUUGAUUGCAAAAGAUGGGUCGACGAGUAACAAGACAGGCUCGCUACCGGCAGUGCUCUCGGCCAGGCACUGCGCUCCCCAUGCGAAGGUGUUGGUACUGGCAGAGAACGAGAAGAUUCUACCCUAUGAGCCACCCUCGCGUGAAGAGAAUGACAUCGAGGAGGUUUUCGUGUCCUGGAGGAGGGAAGACUCCCUGCGGGAGGCCACAUCGACGGUGCUUAGCUAUUCACAGAAGGGAACGCCCGAGGGUCACGGUCUGCAGGCGACCGUGAAGAACGUCUACUUCGAGUGGGUUCCUACGACUCUCAUCGACGGGUACAUGUUCGAAGAUGGACAGAAGGGUGCACAAGAUAUCUCGGCUCUUGCGGAUCAUAUUCGCGGCGAGGCAGAUGCCUACUUCGCCAACGUCUGA